AUGAUCCCCAUACCAGUGAAUGUUUUAAAGGCUUCCCUGUGCAGGUGGUGUAUAUGUGUGUGUAUAUGUGUGUGUUUGUACGUGUGGGCGUUUUGUGCUCCUCCUCCUGCAGGCGUGUGCAGGCUGCUAUCGUCAGUGAUGUCUGGAACAGAGUCUCAUACAGACCGAGAGGAGGACUACAGGUUCCUCCACAGCAUGUUGAUGGAGAAGAAGCUUCACCUGCUCUUUAAGAUCCACGAGCGACUGAAGCGUUUUGAGAAGCGAAGCCCUGUUCCCGUCCAAGAGCACGCAGCGAGUCUGGCCUCAGAUUUGGCGGAGGAGCUGAUAUACCAGGGCUGGAGGGAUGAAGUCAAAGAACUGGUUGCCCUCUUUUCCAAACCCAACUUUAAGAGUCUCCUGUCGGUCCACGACGCCGUAGCUCAGAGAGACUUUGAGCCCACUCUGCCACCGGUACCUGAUGACGUACAGGAGGACGACGAGGAUUCGGUCAAAAUUGUCAGUCUAGUUAAAACCAAAGAUCCCCUGGGGGCAACCAUUAAGAGGGAUAAAUCCACUGGAGCAAUUGUUGUGGCGAGGAUCAUGAGAGGAGGUGCAGCUGAUAAAAGCGGUCUGAUCCAUGAAGGAGAUGAGCUGAAAGAGGUGAAUGGAGUCUCACUGGAGCACAGGAAGCCAAAGGAAAUCCUUCCUCUUCUGGCUUGUUCUCAGGGGGACAUUACCUUCAAAAUAAUUCCUGCCUCCUCCAAGGGAGAAAUGUCAUCUAAUAAGAAGCUGUUUAUGCGGGCUCUUUUUGACUACGAUCCCAACGAGGAUCCCACCGUUCCGUGCAAGGAUGCAGCGGUGGCCUUUAAAAGGGGCGACAUCCUCCAGAUUGUCAGCAUGGAGGAUGACACCUGGUGGCAGGCCUGUCACCUCGGGGACAGCAACGCUCGGGCGGGGCUCAUCCCCUCGCAGCAGCUCCAUGAGAGGAGAGUUGCGCUACAGCGACCUAAAGCCCUGUUCAAGCCUCGACAAGUCAAACCACCAGUCAUGGAGGAUGUAGACUAUGGAGCUAUAACAGGGAUCCACAUUGCGGGUUUAAGAAGGAGUUUCCGACUCGGGAGAAAGAGCAGCCGGGCCAGAGAAGCGGCUCGGUCCAGGAGGUGGAGCACAGGGGUACGCAGCUCAAUUCAUCCCCCGACCUACAUAGAGGUGAUACCCUACCACAGAGACCCAAAGGACCGACACCGUCUGGUCGUCCUGGUCGGGCCCAGCGGCGUUGGCGUUAAUGAACUGAAGAGGAGGCUCCUGAUCUCCGACCCCGACCACUAUGGCGUCACCGUACCGUACACCACACGGGAGAGGAGGAGGCAGGAGAACGAAGGGGUGGAUUAUCACUUUGUGUCCGUUCAUAUGUUUGAAGAGGAUAUUCUCAAUCAUAGGUUCGUAGAAUAUGGGCGAUACCGAGGACAUUACUAUGGAACAAGUCUAGACUCAGUGCACAGAGUGAUGGCUGAGGGCAAGGUGUGCCUCCUGGAUGUGCACCCUAAUAAAAUAAAGCACGUGUACACAUCUGAAUUCAAACCGUACGUGGUGUUCGUGAAGCCCCCGUGCAUCGAGGAGCUACGCCUCACCAGACGGAGAGUUAAAUUCAUCUGCGAUGACGUCGACGACAAGAACUCAGUCAGGAUCUUUUCAGAGGAGGAUUUUGAGGACAUGAUCAGCUUGGCCGAAACUAUGGAGAGCCAGUGCGGUCACUUGUUUGACAAGGUGAUCGUUAACGGAGACAUCGCCAUGGCGUUCAGAGAGCUGAAGGCGGACCUGGAGAAGGUGGAGGAGGCAGACGUCCAGUGGAUUCCUGCGGAGUGGAUGUGCUCUUCACCAACAAAAGUGCGGAGGAGUUGUGGUCUUUUAGACAGCUGGAUUUGAACUUUGAACUCGCAAAGAAACAAAGAAGAAAGGGACAAAAACAAGUCUUAAUCGUAGUAGAAUUCAACACCUUGAACAUUGAAUUUUUUGUCAUAUUUUAAAUAUUUUUCCGUUUGUAAACAAGUCCUGUGGAUUACCACAGUUUUCCAUAGUGUCCCUUGGUGUGUAUCUAAUUAGGCAAACAGAAUCCAUCUCUCUCUC